AUGUAUAUGGCGCCGAUCGCCGUCGUUAGCCGUCGCUACCUAGCUCCGUGUCCGGUAAAUCUAACUAUAGUCAGGGAAGUGCUGUCUCUCGUUGACGGAAACUUCGCCGUCACCAACGGAAACGGCGACGUGGUAUUCAAAGUCCAAGGAAAAGUAAGCCCUCUCCGUCGCCGUGUUUUGGUCGAUGCUUCUGGUAAUCCGAUCGUAUCGUUCCAGAAAAAGCUGAUAAGUGCUUACAAAAGAUGGGUGGUGUUUAGGGGAGAUAGUUCGGACCCAAAAGACAUUAUCUUCAGUGCAAAACAAGGCAGCUGGUUUACCCGAUCAUGGACUAUUUAUGCUGGUGAUACCACCACCAUUGUUGCACAGAUGCACAAGGAGUACACUAUACAAAGCAUUGCACUUGGGAAAGAUACUUUUACUGUGACUGUGUAUCCAAAUGUGGAUUAUGUUUUCAUUAUUGCACUUGUUGUCAUCCUCCAUGAAAUUCGGAAGGAGAAACACCAGCUACAUAAACGGAAACAAAAGACCCGGAAUAAGAGGGAAUCCCAUUAG